AUGGCGCUCCUCCUUGUCGCUCCCCGUUGCUGUCGAGGGAAAGUGAGAAGAGAUAGGGACGAGUUUUUGGAAUACUCAAAGGAAGAGCACUCACGCUACCAAAUUUCAAAAGAAAAGGGAAAAAUAUUGAUACAGAGAUUUAGCUUCUUAAAACAAGGUUUCAGCAGCGUGAGAGACAAUACAAAGCAGGAAAUGAGCUUGUUUGAGAUGUCAGGGGAAGUUGGCAUAGAAUCAGAAUUUUGGGGAAGUGCAGAUAAUUACACGUCACAUCAAGAGAACCCUUUCAUCUCACUCCUCACAAUCAACCGUUCGUUUAAUCUCUGGAAGGAAAGAACUGGUAACUCACCAUGGACUCUACGGUACUCUGGUAUGUACCGGGCUUCUGCUCAGCGGGGACCUCCUGCUCAGCAGAGACCUCCUGCUGAGCGAGCACCUCUUGCUCAGCGGGCUCCUCCUGCUAAGCGGGCACCUCCUGCUCAGCUAGCACCCUCGACGACUUUUCCUCCUGCUGCUCAGCGGGCUCUUCCUGCUAAGCAGGCUAUUUCUGAUCAGUGGAAACCUCCUGUUCAGCGGCCUCCUCCUGCUCAGCGGACUCUUCCAGCUCAUCGGAGACCUCCCGCUCAGCGGCCUCCUCCUGCUCAGCGGACUCUUCCAGCUCUGCGGGUACCUCCUGCUCAGCGGGGAACUCCUGCUAAGCGGGCACCUCCUCCUGGUCAGCGGGCGCCUCCUCCUGCUCAGCGGGCAUCUCCUCCUGCUCAGCGGGCACCUCCUCUUGCUCAGCGGGCACCUCCUCCUCCUAAGCGGGCUCCUCCUGCUCAGCGGGGACCUGCUCAGCAGAUACCUCUUGCUCAGUGGGCUCCUCCAGAUCAGCGAGCACCUCCUGCUCAGCGGUCCAGUUCAGCGGGCACCUCCUGCUCAGCGAGCUCUUACUGUUCAGAGGGCUCUUCCUGCUCAACGGGCUCCUAA